GUGUUGAGCGAAUUGAAAGCAAUUUGUGGGAACAGCUUUGUGCCGUGACUUUUGAAGUUAUUCUGCAGUUAUUUUUAUUUUUAUUAUUAUUAUAUUUUUUAUUAAACCUGGCUUAAUCUAUGAAUGUGUAUACAUAGUCUAUACUUUAGAAAAAACUAUGUGCUGAUUUGUAAAAAUAUUAAGGAAUGAAGGAAAUACCUUUUUCUACAAGAAAUCCAUAAAAAGUAGUGUUUGUAUGUUGGCUGUUAGGGGCGGGAACAGAUGAAGUCCUUUUCAUAAAAGUGAACUGACCACCAAACUAUACUCUGUUUUCUGCUUGAAAGCACAGGACUCCUCAACUCAACUGCGAGCAGUGUGUAAAAGGCCUUCUGCGCAUAAAGAGAAAUGAAGGACGUAGAACUGAAUGAGGUUGAUCAGGAAAAACAGCUAAUGACCCGAGAAACUCAAAAGAAUGGCUGCGUGAAGGUCACCGUCCCAGAAAAGGCUGGAGCGAAGUAUACCGGCCUCUCCAAAGAUGAGUUAAUUAAAAUCACCAGCACUGCUGGGUGGGUUCGGACUCGUAGGGCUUUGCUGUUUUUGUUCGUGCUCGGCUGGGUUGGCAUGUUAGCUGGAGCAAUAGUAAUCAUAGUACAGGCCCCACGCUGUAAACCCAUUCCUGAGAUGAACUGGUGGAACGAAGGUCCUCUGUACAAGAUAUCUGACGUGAAUGAAUUCUCUGAAAAGGGGCUGAAAGGAGUGGAGGAAAAGCUGGACUAUCUGACCCAGAUGAAGGUGAAGGGUCUUAUUCUGGAUCUGCUAGACACCGAGCGAGCCAAACAGCUACAGACACUAGAUCUGGUUUCAGUUAAAUCUGCAAUAGACACUGAGAAUGAUCUGAAAUCUCUGCUGGACCAAGCACAUAAAAAAGAUAUCUCAAUAGUGCUGAAUUUAACUGAAAUGGCUUCAGACUGGCUCAACAAUGUGACCUCUAACGUUGAGAAACUAAAAGAAGCCUGGUUUAAAGGAUUUGGUGGUAUUUUCUUGUCUGAACUGAAAGGCAUCACAACAACAAAGUCCUGGCAAACUAUACAAGCUAUGUUCAACAAAACCAAGGAAAGCAAAGUAGCUCUGAUGGGAUCCGUCACCGGUCUCUCCGUGGAUGAUGUAUCUCAUCUGAUGAAACACUCAGGUGUUGAUCUGCACCUGACUGAACUUCCUGAUCCGGCCGAGCUGGGGUUAAUAAAGAAGCUCUACUCCCGUCACCCGCAGACGAAUCUGGGCUGGAGUCUGGGUUCUCUGGCUUCCAGAACUCCAGCAUGGCCCAUAAGACUUUAUCAAAUGCUGCUGUUCACCCUCCCGGGCACACCUGUGUUCAGCGCUGGAGAUGAGGUCGGACUGAAGGCCGGGGAAAAACCUCAAAUAAUGUGGGACUUGGAAAACCCAGUAGAAGAAAAGAAUGUGACGGCAAAGACUCUGCGGGAGGAGCGUAUCGCAAUUCGCAGCUUCUUCAAAGCACUCAGUGAUCUGAGGGGAAGAGAGCGAUCGCUUCUGCACGGAGAAUAUGUCAGCUUUAACACUACGGACACUUCAUUAGCAUUUCUCCGCCUCUGGGAUCAGAGCGAGCGCUUCCUAACUGCUAUCAACUGGGGAAAUGACCCCGUGACCAUGACCCUCUCUCAUAGCGACCUGCCGGCUCAAGCUCAGGUCCGCCUCAGCACAGACGCUGCAAAUCUAGUCGUGCAUAGCAUGGUGUCCUUAAAGAAGCUACAGCUUGGGCCCAGUCAGGCUGUUCUGUUGUCUUAUCCUUACUCUGGUUAGACACACUUAUGCAGAUCCUUACGUAUCGUCUCAGAGCUGUUUGACUUUCUCUGAGGACUAAAAAACAGGCUUAGUGUCUUUAUGCUUCUAGAAGUAUAAAUGCUUUUGAAUUUUAAAGCCAUUUUUGAUGAGCGACUUUUGUCAGUCAUCGUGUGUAUUCUCUUAUCUUCUAAUAAAAAGGUUUUUCAUGUCUACUUUCAUCGCGCAGAUGUCUUUUUACAAAGCCACAAAUAAAUCCUCAUGAAUAAAAA